AUGGCUGCCACCAAGACCCCCCAGAUCACCGUUCUCGGCUCCCUCAACAUCGAUUUGACCUCCUACGUCCCCCACCACCCCCUGCCGGGCGAGACCCUCACCUCGAACUCUGUUGUCAUUUCGCCUGGAGGAAAGGGCGCAAACCAGGCCGUCGCCUGCGCCAAGCUCUCCCGCUCCCGCGAAGCCCCCAACGAUGCCGCCGCCGAAACCGCCUCCGUCUCCAUGAUCGGCGCCGUUGGCAGCGACUCCUACGGCGACCUCCUCCUCAAGAACCUCGGCGAGCACGGCGUUCGCACCGAUCGCAUCGCCGUGGGUAGCGACCUCAAGACCGGCAUGGCCAUCAUCGUCGUCGAUGAACCCACCGGACAGAACCGCAUCAUCCUCGCUCCCGAGGCCAACCACGCCGUCACCCCCGAAAAGUUCGGCGCCCUCCCCGAGACCCUCGACCCCAAGCCCGACCUGCUGGUGAUGCAGCUCGAGGUACCCCUCGAGACCGUCCUCGCCGCCCUCCGCUCCGCAAAGGCCGCCUCCGUCCCCGUCCUCCUCAACCCCGCUCCGGCACAGCGCCUCCCUGACGAGGCCUACGACGGACUCGCCCAUCUCGUCGUCAACGAGACCGAGGCCGCCAUCCUCUCCGGCUGCGACGAGUCCGAGCUCGACACCUCCGAGGGCCUCAAGCGCGUCGGCGAGUGGUUCAUGGCCAAGAAGGUCAGCAACGUCAUCAUCACCCUCGGUGGCCGCGGCGUCUACUACGCCAACAAGGAGGGCGCCGCCGAGCUCAUCGCCGCCCAAAAGGUCAAGGUCGUCGACACCACCGCCGCCGGCGACACCUUUGUCGGCUCCUACUGCGUUGCCGCCGUGACCGCCCAGGCCAAGGGUGUGGCUUUCGACAUUUCCUCCGCCAUCAAGAGCGCCAACAAUGCGGCGGCCAAGACGGUCGAGCGUAAGGGCGCGCAAACAUCCAUUCCUUGGAGAGAUGAGCUGCAGUAA